CGACAUAUUGCGCCAAGAAGACGGCUACAGGCUAGCGAAUUUGAAAUGAAGACGAAUUUCUGCUAAGGGUUUAAGUUUGCAAUCGAUAACUGAUCAGCAAUCAUCAACUGUGGAAUUUAGCUUCCUAAUGAAUGUAUUAUAAUGAUAAAAUAUUGCUCCUUUAUAUGAAAAUCUUCAAUUUUUCGCAUGGCAACCGAAGUUAACUUUUCCCCAUUUCUUUGGGACAUAAUGGAAAUAAUUGGUUUUUGAUGACAUAAAGAUAACCAUACAGAUAAUUGUUAGAGUAUUCAUUCAUUAUUGUAAAAUGGCAGCUGUUGAAUACGAUUUGGACACAUCUGGUGGAUUGAUGGAGGAGAUUCAGAAGCUUGUAUCUCCUCCAGUAAGUGAAGAAACUUUACGGCGCCAAAGACGUGAGGAGCGAGAAUAUCGUAGACCAGGGCGUGCAGUCAAUCAUGACUCUUGUGACAGCUGUAAAGAAGGAGGUGACCUUCUCUGUUGUGACAAAUGUCCAGCAUCGUUCCAUCUUCAAUGUCAUAAUCCUCCUUUAGAAGAAGAUGAUGUACCCCCUGGGGAAUGGAUAUGUUAUAGAUGUCGAGUGGCUCCUAAGCAGCAAGAUAAGGAUGACGACACUUCUUCAGUUAACAGUGGGAGCAGUACUCAGAGUAACAAGCCAAAGAAAUCUCGUUCAUCAAAAAAUACAGCUCUGGAACUUAUGGAGGACAUGGAGGUUGAAAUAGCACAGGACAAAAACCCAUUAUUUACUUUAGCUAGAGCUGCAAAGCUCAUGAAUCCAACACAGUUUGAACUCCCCAAAGAUACUGCUCCAACUAUGAAUAUGCCAGGGUCUAGUAAGAGGAAAUGGUGGGGACGAGAUAGGAAUACACAGAAGAAAUUGGCACAUGAAUUGGACAAUGGGAUAGUUCCAUUACCAGCUAAAACAUGUUUUAUGUGUGAUAGGAGUUGUAGAGUUGGGCCAUUGGUCCAAUGUGACUAUUGCCCUCUACUGUACCAUAUGGAUUGUCUGGACCCACCAAUGACAUCCCUGCCAACUGUGAGAUGGAUAUGUCCAAAUCAUCCAGAGAAUUUUGUUGAUCAGAACCUACUACAGACUGUUAGUUAUUCAGAGAGAAUAAAACUUUGGAACAGAUUUAGUGGUCAUAUAAACCAAGAUGGAAUAAAACUUGACUUUUUAAAGAAGGCUCACAGAAAAAAUCCUCCAUUUAGAAUCAAAAUUAAACAUCCACUACGGAAAACAACUGCGAUUCCUCAGGCAAUAAAAGAUCAUUAUCUCAAUCCACCAGCAUUAUUACCCAGAGUUACAGAACCUUUAUGUUCCAAUCUAGGGGAGACCACCCAGCCUGGUCAAGAAAGGUUGUCAGAAAUUACUCCUGAAGAGGAAGAAGAUUGGUUGUCAUCUGUUGUAUGCCUGCAAACAAGUAUAGCACGUCAUCUUGCACAAAGUCGGUCACAGAAAAAUUCAGAAGGUUCAAAACCAACAUCGUCUGCAUCUUCAACAUCUAAACCAGAGAAACCCACUGCUGCAAUACAACCAGUUGUACAUAGAGACAGUAUGGAUUCAUCCUCAAAUGACAGUUUAGUCUCAGAUGUGAUAUGUGGGAGUGAUAGUAAAACAUCAGUGUUAGAAAAUGAACGAACAUCAUUCAAUGGAUCAUUAAGCUCACCUGACUGUUUCUCAAAUGGACCUUUAGAUAUUAGUAAAGGUGGUGCCAUAUCUUUGUUGCAUCCACCUGGAACCUCUUUUUCCAACUCAGGGGCAAGUGCUAUAAAUUCUGAAACUGACACAUCUCAGAAAUUAGAAAAUGUUGGAGCCAAAUCACGGAGCAAUAGUGUUGACAGCCCUCAACCAAACAUAGUGCGCUUAAAUUGGAAUUCUGACAAAUCAUCAGCAGUGACGAUGCCUUCGGGCAAAAAUAUUGUAAUUAGUGCUAUAAACAAAAGCAACAACUCAGUAGUGACUAAAGUCCUUGGUCCCAAUCAAGCGGGCAAGGCAACAGGCAAUAAUUUGGCAGGUAAAAAUAUUAGUGGCAGCAAUCCUACGUCAAUUCUCUCUCCUAGAGGAGGGGCAGCAACAGUCAAAGUAAGCAAUGUUCAAGGGAAAGUGGCCACUUCAUCUACAGCUAAAGUCAUCACAGUGUCCGCUCCUCCUUCAGCAAAACCAUCAGGAAGUAUAACGAUCUCAACGCCAAAGGUAUCCACGGCUAAUCCACAAAACUCCACCAAUGCAAUAGUAUCUCUCAAUAACACACUGCAGCAAUGUCUUGAUGGCUCUGGAGAGAUAGAACUGAGCAAACUUGAUGAAAAGUUGAUACAGAUAUUGGCAUGGCAAAGAUUACAACAGCUCCUUCCUAACAAACAGUCAGUUACCACAACAGUCACAAAGAAAGGAGUUCUCAAUGGAUUGUUUUCACAGUCAGAUAAUCCAGAUGUACAGGCUAGAGCUGUAUUAUGUCCCCUUACCAGUAAAGGACAGCCAAUACCAAUGUCUUACAGAACACUUAAUAUUGGCACAGGUGCUGAUAUGGAUGUGUGUUUAUCACAAUAUGGACAUUGUAAUUUCAUAUCACCAAAACAUGCAAUGGUUUUCUACGAUGAAACAACAAGACAUUAUGAACUUUUGAACUACAGUGAACAUGGAACAACUGUUGACAAUGUUUUAUAUUCAUGUGACUUUUCUGACAAACCUGCCACCACACCACAACCUACGAAAGUUGUGGCAGCUGUCAGAAAAAUAAUCGGUAAAAAUAAACAAAAAGUGAAAGAAGAACCCAAAGAAGAGAUAAAGGAGAAAGACAGAAUAACAAUGAGUCAAAGAGCAAAUGAUAUUAAAAAACCUUGCAACUGCAAAGGAAGUAGUUCCAGUUUAAUAGGAGGAAGUGGUGCAGGAUGGGAAGGUACAGCUCUAUUGCAUCAUGGGAGUUAUAUAAAAGUUGGAUGUUUACAGUUUGUAUUUAGCAUUGUAGACCAUGCUACUUCUGCAACGUGUUCAGAAAGACGAAAAGAACCUAUGUCAUUACUUAAAUCAACUUUAAAAGCAUCAUCACCAUAGAUAUUGUAAUAAUUUUAAUUAGAAUAUAGUCAAUUUAUUGUUUCUCCUGGCUUACGACUAAAAUUGAUUGUAAGUAUACUGAAUUGUUCAUUACUUACGAUUGAUUUUAGUCUUCAGAUAUUUUGUCGAACGCAGGCCUGGACAUAAAAGCUGUAACAACAGUUUCUUCAGGGUUAUUCUCUGUUAAUCAACACUUCUUCGAAAAUAUCUUGACAAAAUUCAAUAACACUUGCACAGACUCUUUUACAGGAUAUAAGGUUAUGCAUAUGCUGUUUUAAUUUUGAUCUGAAUGGUUUUGGGGAUUUUCUUACCAUUACUGUUUAAAUAAUUAUUUGGGGAUAGCAAGAGACAUGACUUCCUUUUUUUGUUUUUAUAUCUUUCCUUUGUUGUAUAGAUCUAUAAGAAUUCUCAUUAUUUUUUAAUUUAUGCAAAUUAAAUAUAUUUUACUAUUUUUGAAAUCAUUCAAAGUUUUAUUCAUGAUCAGAUAUCUAAAAGGGUUUGAGAACAUUCACUUUGAAUAUUACGGAUGAAUGAUUUUUAGAUGUAAUAUCUGUAAAGCAUUUUUCCCAAAACAUCUGGUUAGAGCUAUUUCCCUGGAGAAAAAAAAUGAUUACUAUUUUGAGUAAAUUUAACACAAGUAAGGCAAAAAUAAAGGUGACUGAUCAACAGAGGGGUGCAUAUUUAAAGAGAAAUGUCUUUAACUGACUUUUUGUGGAAUUCAUAAGAUUUUCGACAAGACAUUUACAUCCAGACCGAAUUUGUAACCAUGCAUAUUUUUAAGAAAAGAAAAUAAAACAACAAAAACCACCCACAUUAAAUUAUAGAAAAAAGGCUUGAGAAACUUGUUUGGGUCCCAAGGAAAAUAGUUGACUGAAUUGAACAAUCAUUUUCAAUAUAUUUGAGGAUACCUGCUAAAAAGGUGAACUCUAUUUAGCAAAAACAUGUCAUGUAAGGUAAUAUUCUUUUUGUCCGGUCCUGCUGUAGUAAUACCUAUGCAUUUUGAACCCCAAUUCAAUGGUCCUCUCUUUAAUAUGUUUGUGUUUGCAAAAAAUUCUGAAUUUGGUAAUAUGAAAAAUAUAUUUAGUCUGUAGACAUAACCUUAAAUAAAACAAUGUAUGUUAUUAACAUGUGCCAAAGGAGUUCUUUUUGUUAAAUUUGUUAGUGUACAUAUAAGGUCAGUAGUUGUUCUGCAAUUUAUGUAUUAUUGUUGUACGGAAAUUUGUUUUUGUUUACAUUUUUGUAUUAAAGCAAUGAUCUGCUCAAUGUUGUACAAUAUCAUCUCUCAGAAUGUCUAACUAACGGUGAAUAAAUCUGUAAAAGUAGUCAACACAUGCAUUACAAAUUAUAGUAUAAUAUUCAGAUGAUUUAUAUUUGUUCUGACCGCUUGAAUACUUUUUGGUUAUUAAGUUGUUUACUUGUUCUGGUCUCUUAAUUGUUUAGAAUUCAAUUACGACAUUAAAUUUCCUAUUUAUUUAUUGAGAUUUUGCCAUUGUGACAUGUGAAAAAAGAUGAACAUGUCUUGUGAGGAAACAGAAAAAAACAGAACUUUAGGAAAAGGAAUAUCAAAGUUUGCCUUUUUACGGUAAAAAUAAUGUAGAGAAACAAAUUCUACAGUCCUAUCUCAUGCAAAAAAGAUAUUUAUCCACCCUAAAAGUUUAAAUUUUUAAAUAUUAAAAUUUGUGAUAAUUUAACAUUCAUGAAAUGGAAGAUGAAUUACAUCUCUAUUGAUACACCAGUAAAAUCUACAUGCAUAUUCAAAAUAGGAAACAAGUGUUGAGAAUUAAAAAUUUUGAAAGACCAGGUAUUUAGAAGCUUUCUGAUAAAAGGAGACAAUCUGUCAUUGGUGAAAAACCAUAAGAGUGUGAACAGCAAUAUUACCUUUGAAUUUAUUUGAUCUAUUGUAGGAGUAAACAUUCAAAUGUAGAUUUGUUACAAACUUACUUUGGUGUACAUAAACACAUGUUGGUUACAUAAACACAUGUUGGUUACAUAAACACAUGUUGGUUACAUAAACACAUGUUGGUUAAACACAUUACAUUUAAUUCAUAACCUACAUUUUACUCAGAUUUGUAACAGCAGUGAAAGUUUAUAAAAAAUUUAGAAUUUAAGAGUAAGAUUUUUAUAAUCUACCAUCUUGAAAACAAAAGCUGAAUACAAAAGAAGGAAUUUCAUUGGUUAUUAAAAAAGAAGGAUUUUCAUUGGUUAAUAACCUACAUAACCUGUAACCAUUGACUGUACAGUUUAAAUCUCAUUCAUGAAGAAGCAUUUAUAUAUUUGAAUACAAUGUACUGCAGGAAAAGACCAUUUUAUAUACUUAUCAUAUUUCAUAACUGGGCAUUGAGCAUUACAUAAAUUAUAUUGUGUCAUUUUGCAUUGUUAGUGUAAAUAAAUACUUAUAUCAUUAUUGAAGAAAUUUUUAUUUUGUAUGAUACAUGUAGAUUGUUGUAUAAACCAUUUUACACUAAAUUAAUUAUGUAGCAAACAAUUAGAUGUUUUUAAAUUAUGUCAAUCAUAAAUGGUAUUAUUGCUUAUUAUGGCACCCAUCUUGCUCCAAACGUUUCUACCUAUUUAUUCAUCCCUGGCUUUCAAAUGUUGAGGUUUGAGCAUUCCUGAUGAAGGUAAAUCCAGUAAAGCACUUCGAAAUAUAUUAAUUGUUGUUUUCAGUCAUAGCCUUCUAUGAUUUCUUCCAUAAUUUCUCCACACCCUAUAAAUGGCUUUCAGUACGGCAGAUGCAUUAGGAAACACAGAUCAAAAUAUGUUACAAUACACAAUUGCAAAACCCAUUGUAUGGCAAUGGCAAUAAGAAAUGUAUAUAAAAAUCUGCUGUACAAGAAAGCCAAAAUAAAUGAUUUUAAUAGCAAUGGGGAACCCAGAUCCUAAUGUAUCUGCUGUACUGAUAGCUGUUAAUGAGGUUUGUUCUGUGCUUAAAAUCUGUUCAUUUUAAUUUUAAUGAUAGUUAGUUGCCUGAGGAGGGUCCUCAUUAAGAAUUUAGAUUGGAAUGCUGAGCCGUUAUGACCAAAUAAAUUACAGGGAAGAAAUCAAAUAUUUAGAUUUUUUAAGAACCCUGCUGAUGUACUUAUUUUAUUCGUUGUUAAGCUUUCAAUAUUAUAUAAACUACUUUCAAACCAAUACCAAAAUAUUUUAUCUGUUGUAUGGUUUUUUUUAUUGGAAAAUAUGAAAGAUAUAUUUUUCUUGGAAUUUGAGUAUUGUGGCUUGCAUUUCAAAUAAUUUUGCUUGCUUUUUAGUUUGUUAGAGACCCACACCCAUGAUAAUUAUUGUCACAAGUGAAUUAAAACAUCGAUCAACUACAGACAUCAGAAAUAUGUCGCGAAAAAAUCCUUAUUAGAUCUUAUAGUUGAAAUCUUCAAUUAGAUGAUAAUUUCUGUAGUGUUCUAUUGCAUGUAUUUCCACAAUAUAAAAAUUUGAAUGGAACAACAGGUAAUUUUGCAUUCAACCAUCUCAGGAGCAGCUUGCUGAUUGUUUUUUUUUUAUGCCCCGGCGGUAGCGGAUGGGGCAUUAAGUUUUACCCUUGUCCGUCUGCACGUACGUCUGUACAUCCCACAAAUUGGUUUCCGUUCUCUAACUUUUGUUUGCCUCAACCAAAUGUUAUGAAACUUAUACACAAUGCUUAUUACCACAAAACACAGAUCAAGUUUGCAUUUUGGUGGCGUCCCUUUUACUGUUCUAGAGUAAUGCCCCUUUACAAAUGGAAAAAUUGCUGAAUUUUUUGUUUCGGUUCUUUAACUUAAGUUUGCUUCCACCAAAUGUUAUGAAACUUAUACACAAUGCUUAUUAUCACAAAAUUCAGAUCAAGUACUAAUUUGGGUAGCGUCACUUUUACCUUUCUAGAGUUAUGUCCCUUUAAAAAUGGAAAAAUUGCUGAUUUUUUGGUUUCAGUUCUCUAAUUUUACUUUGCCUCAACCAAAUGUUAUGAAUCUUAUAUACAGUGCUUAUUACCACAAAACACAGAUCAAGUUCGAAUUUUGGUGGCAUCACUUUUACUGUUCAAGAGUUAUGCCCCUUUACAAAUGGAAAAAUUGCUGAAUUUUUCGUUUCUGUUCUCUUGCAUUCACCAAAUGUUAUGAAACUUAAACACAAUGCUUAUUACCACAAAAUUCAGAUCACGUAUGAAUUUGGGUAGCAUCACUUUUACCGUUCUUGAGUUAUGUCCCUUUAUAACGUGAUAUGCAAGCGGGGGCAUCAUCUGUGUCCCAUGGACACAUUCUCACUUUAUUUUAUAUGAAUCUUUUUUUUUUGUAGUGAUUUUUUGCUAGAAACUACAUUAUACAAAUUAUUUUCCUUACCUUACCAACUGUAAUCACUAAAUAUAAACUGUAAAGUUCAAGUAUUGACUUCUUUCUGACGAGAUAAAUUCAAGUUUUAUUUUCUGAAGCAGCUGAUAAUUUCUAAAGCAGUUAAUGAUUGCUAUGUUAUUGCCCAAGAUUUUGUGAUUAAGAAAUACACUACCAGGCAAGUUUUAAGUCUUUGUUAAAGAGAAAAUUAGCUAUGGAGUACAUGUUCUGUGUAUUAGUCAUGUACAUACUGAGGAUUCAUUUAUUUUUGUGGGUACCAAUUUUCGUGGAUUUAGACAAAAAUAUAUUUUCUUGGAUAUUUGAUUUCAUGGUUUGCAAAAGUCUGCACAAGCCUAUAGAAAAUGUGCACUUUGUUAAAUAUUUAUAUUCGUAGUUCACCUUUGCCUAAGAAAUCCACAAAAUUUGUUUUCCAUGUCAGAAUAAUAAUGAAUCUACAGUUCACUAUGUAACAGCUUUUAUGUUUCAGCAUUUAAUAGCAUGAUGGGAAGCCAUUUGAUAAAUGUUUUGUUAUUGUUUUGUGUAUAGAAUUAAAAGGUUGCCAUUGUAAAAUAAACAUGAAAUUUUUAUCAUACAUGAUGAGAUCAUUUUAGUCAUUGUAACAUGGUUACAAAUUAAAAUCAGAUACCAGUA